AUAUUUUAAAGAAGUUAUUCUGGUUCUUACUCAAUGCGAUUUUUUUUGUCAAUAGCCGGCUUCCGUAGAGUGCUCUUAUAUGAUUGGCUAGUUCGCAGUCGUGGUUUAAAAACAGUCAUUUUCUAGACGUGAUAGCGGAUCAAGCAAGAUGAGUUUGAGAAAGCAGACGCCAAGUGACUUCCUUAAGCAGAUAAUUGGUAGACCAGUGGUGGUCAAACUCAACUCUGGUGUGGAUUACAGAGGUGUUCUGGCCUGUCUGGAUGGUUACAUGAACAUCGCCAUUGAACAGACAGAAGAGUAUGUCAAUGGACAGCUCAAGAACAAGUAUGGGGAUGCCUUUCUGAGAGGAAACAAUGUUCUGUACAUCAGCACCCAGAAGAGGAAGGUGUAAUGGAUAUCACCUUGUGUUUUAAAUAUUUUUUUGUUUAAUAAUGGCAGAUGUGGAAGUUUUCAGUUCUUGAAAUGUUAAAACUCUGCAGGAUGUUUUUUUUUUGUUUGUUGUAUUUUUAAAACUUUAUUUUUCAAGUUGAGACACUUUUAAUUUGGUUUUCUUGUUUUGUGAACAUCUUUGCUGUAAUAAAGCAAAUUGUUUAAAGACGCUGCAUGAA